CCGGGACAGACUGGCCGGCGGGCGCUGACGCCGGGGGGCCGGAGCGGGCCGCGCGGGAGCGCGCGGAGGGAGCAGCGGCGCCGUCGGUCCCCGUCGGGGCUCCGUGGGUCCCUGACCCGCCCCUGGCCCGGCAAUGGCGGGCGCCAGGCCGGGUGUCCACACGCUGCAGCUGGAGCCGCCCACCGUAGUGGAGACCCUGCGGCGCGGGAGUAAGUUCAUCAAAUGGGACGAGGAGACCUCCAGUCGGAACCUGGUGACCCUGCGUGUAGACUCCAAUGGCUUCUUCUUGUACUGGACGGGACCCAACAUGGAGGUAGAUACACUGGACAUCAGUUCCAUCAGGGACACUCGGACGGGUCGUUAUGCCCGCCUGCCCAAGGACCCCAAGAUCCGAGAAGUGCUAGGCUUUGGGGGCCCUGAUGCCCGGCUGGAGGAGAAGCUGAUGACAGUGGUGGCUGGGCCAGACCCAGUGAACACAGUAUUCUUGAACUUCAUGGCUGUGCAGGACGACACGGCCAAGGUCUGGUCCGAGGAGCUAUUCAAGCUAGCUAUGAACAUCCUGGCUCAGAACGCCUCCCGGAACACCUUUCUGCGCAAAGCAUACACAAAGCUGAAGCUACAAGUGAACCAGGACGGACGGAUCCCGGUCAAGAACAUCCUGAAGAUGUUCUCAGCUGACAAGAAGCGGGUGGAGACGGCGCUGGAAUCCUGUGGCCUCAAUUUCAACCGGAGUGAGUCCAUCCGGCCCGAUGAGUUUUCCUUGGAAAUCUUCGAGCGGUUCCUUAACAAGUUGUGUCUUCGGCCAGACAUUGACAAGAUCCUACUGGAGAUAGGUUCCAAGGGUAAGCCAUACAUGACCCUGGAGCAGCUCAUGGACUUUAUCAACCAGAAGCAACGGGACCCAAGACUCAACGAAGUUCUGUACCCGCCUCUGCGGCCUUCCCAGGCCCGGCUGCUCAUUGAGAAGUAUGAGCCCAACCAGCAGUUUCUGGAGCGAGACCAGAUGUCCAUGGAGGGCUUCAGCCGCUACCUGGGAGGUGAGGAGAACAGCAUCUUGCCCCUGGAAGCCCUGGAUCUGAGUGCAGACAUGACCCAGCCGCUGAGCGCCUACUUCAUCAACUCCUCGCACAACACCUAUCUCACAGCGGGGCAGCUGGCGGGGACCUCGUCGGUGGAGAUGUACCGCCAGGCGCUGCUGUGGGGCUGCCGCUGCGUGGAGUUGGAUGUGUGGAAGGGGCGCCCACCCGAGGAGGAGCCCUUCAUUACCCACGGCUUCACCAUGACCACGGAGGUGCCCCUGCGUGACGUGCUUGAGGCCAUCGCAGAGACCGCCUUCAAGACCUCGCCCUACCCCGUCAUCCUCUCCUUUGAGAACCACGUGGACUCGGCAAAGCAGCAGGCCAAGAUGGCCGAGUACUGCCGCUCCAUCUUUGGGGACGCACUGCUCAUCGACCCACUGGACAAGUAUCCGCUGGCCCCGGGCGUCCCACUGCCCAGCCCUCAGGACCUGAUGGGCCGCAUCCUGGUGAAGAACAAGAAGCGGCACCGGCCCAGCACAGGCGCGCCCAGCAGCUCCGUGCGCAAGCGGCCGCUGGAGCAGAGCAACUCGGCCCUGAGCGAGAGCUCCGCCACCACGGAGCCCUCCUCCCCACAGCUCGGGUCUCCCAGCUCAGACAGCUGCCCAGGCCUGAGCAACGGGGAGGAGCUAGGGCUGGAGAAGCUCAGCCUAGAGCCUCGGAAGUCUCUGGGUGAGGAGGGCCUGAACCGGGGCCCCGAUGCUUUUGGACCUGCUGACCGUGAGGAUGAGGAGGAAGAUGAGGAUGAGGAGGAGCAGACAGACCCUAAAAAGCCAACCACAGAUGAGGGCACAGCCAGCAGCGAGGUCAACGCCACUGAGGAGAUGUCGACGCUAGUCAACUAUGUUGAGCCUGUCAAGUUCAAGUCCUUUGAGGCUGCUCGAAAGAGGAACAAGUGCUUUGAAAUGUCAUCCUUCGUGGAGACCAAGGCCAUGGAGCAGCUGACCAAGAGCCCCAUGGAGUUUGUGGAAUACAACAAGCAGCAGCUGAGCCGCAUCUACCCCAAGGGCACCCGCGUGGACUCCUCCAACUACAUGCCCCAGCUCUUCUGGAACGUGGGCUGCCAGCUCGUUGCCCUCAACUUCCAGACCUUGGACGUGGCGAUGCAGCUCAACGCGGGUGUAUUCGAGUAUAACGGGCGCAGUGGGUACCUGCUCAAGCCCGAGUUCAUGCGGCGGCCAGACAAGUCCUUCGACCCCUUCACUGAGGUCAUCGUGGACGGCAUCGUGGCCAAUGCCUUGCGGGUCAAGGUGAUCUCAGGGCAGUUCCUGUCCGACAGGAAGGUGGGCAUCUACGUGGAGGUGGACCUCUUUGGUCUCCCCGUGGACACGCGGCGCAAGUACCGCACUCGGACCUCUCAGGGGAACUCGUUCAACCCUGUGUGGGACGAGGAGCCCUUCGACUUCCCCAAGGUGGUGCUGCCCACGCUGGCUUCACUUCGCAUCGCGGCCUUCGAGGAGGGUGGCAAAUUCGUAGGGCACCGCAUCCUGCCUGUCUCUGCCAUCCGCUCAGGGUACCACUACGUCUGCCUGCGGAACGAGGCCAACCAGCCGCUGUGCCUGCCAGCCCUGCUCAUCUACACGGAGGCCUCUGAUUAUAUUCCUGAUGACCAUCAGGACUACGCCGAGGCCCUGAUCAACCCCAUUAAGCACGUCAGCCUGAUGGACCAGAGGGCCACGCAGCUGGCUGCCCUCAUUGGGGAGAGCGAGGCUCAGGCUGGCCCAGAGACGUGCCAGGAGAGCCAGUCUCAGCAGCUGGGGUCUCAGCUUCCCCUGGCCCCCACACCUAGCCCCCUGGACACCUCCCCCCGCCGGCCCCCAGGCCCCGCCGCCUCCCCCACCAGCACCUCCGUCAGCAGCCCAGGGCAGCGGGAUGACCUCAUCGCCAGCAUCCUCUCAGAGGUGGCCGCCACCCCGCUGGACGAGCUCCGAAGCCACAAGGCUCUAGUGAAGCUCCGCAGCCGGCACGAGCGAGACCUGCGAGAGCUGCGCAAGAAGCAUCAGCGGAAGGCCGUGCCCCUCACCCGCCGCAUGCUAGACGCCUUGGCCCAGGCCCGGGCUGAGAGCAGGUGCCACCACCGGCCAGGUGUCCCGGGCGGGGCCGCUGACAUGGAGGACAUGAAGGAGGAGGAAGAGGUGAAGCGGUACCAAGAGUUCCAGAACAGACAAGUGCAAUGUCUGCUGGAGCUGAAGGAGACCCAGGCAGACACAGAGGCUGAGCGGAGGCUGGAGCACCUGAGACAGGCUCAGCAGCGGCUCAGGGAGAUCGUCCUAGAAGCACAUGCCGCUCAGUUGAAGCGGCUGAAGGAGAUGAAUGAGAGGGAGAAGAAGGAGCUGCAGAAGAUCCUGGACAGGAAGCGCCACAACAGUAUCUCGGAGGCCAAGACGAGGGAGAAACACAAGAAGGAGGCGGAACUGACAGAGAUUAACCGUCGGCACAUCACCGAGUCGGUCAACUCCAUCCGUCGGCUGGAGGAGGCCCAGAAACAGCGACACGACCGCCUCGUGGCGGGGCAGCAGCAGGUCCUACAGCAGCUGGCGGAAGAGGAGCCCCAGCUGCUGGCCCAGCUGGCCCAGGAGUGCCAGGAGCAGCGGGCAAGGCUGCCACGGGAGGUCCGCCGGAGCCUGUUGGGCGAGACGCCGGAGGGGCUGGGGGACGGGCCUCUGGUGGCCUGUGCCAGCAACGGUCACACACCCCAGAGCAGCGGGCACCUCUCUGGUGCUGACUCGGAGAGCCAGGAGGAGAACACACAGCUCUGAACUUCCGAGCAAGAGGUGGCCACAGGGCCAGGGUGGGCACUGGGCAGAGGGCAGGAGAUGAAGACACUAAUGCUUUUUUUUUUUUUUUAACUUUUUAUCUUUAGAAAUUUUAUUUUUUUAAACCUGGAGCGAAUAUCCCACACUAACCCCCCUCCUUCAUCCUCCUGGUGCCCCUUUAGCCCCCAGCCCUCCUUCCUGCCCUCAGUCCUAGGGAAGGGCCUGGGCCGGGCCGUGCCCCCCAUGGCACCCACACACCAGAGUUGGUGGCGUCUCCUGCACUUCCUAGGGAGCACUGGCUGGAGACAUGGAGCUCUGGGAAGUCGGGGUCACAUUGUUUCUCUAUUCUUUGGGGAUUUUUUUUUACAUGAAUAAAAGUGGGUUUCAGGGA